AUGCCAAAGUAUCUAAUAACAUUAAAGUAUAAUAAACAGAAAUAUCUAAAAAGUUCCGAUGAUAGUCUGCAACCGGAUUUGAAAUCAGACGUGGAGAAAGAUGAAUCAUCUUUGUCAUUACCAAUUUCUUCAUCCGUAUCUUCAUCUACUUCAUCAUCUCCUUCUAAAAUAGUUAAACUUCACUAUAAUCCAAGAGGUUUAGCUAGUCUAAAUAAUAGUGAUACACCUAUAUCUCUGCCUGUUAAUAAUAAUAGAAGUUCGAAUCGUCGGGCUCGAAAUCGAACUCCUACACCUCCUUCUGAAGUUGCAACUAUCCCAGAAGAUACCAAAAUUGUGGAACAAGUUACUCCUACUACUACCACGACAAGAAUUUCUGCCUUGGACAAACUUGAAGUAUCGAAGGAAUCUGAAUCACAAGAAUCAACCAGUCCAUCUCCAUCUAUACUAAUCACUCCACCUGAAGUUAAAAAGAUAGAAAGUAUAUUUUAUGUUCCUCAAAAAUCUUAUAAGGAAGCUCUUAGAGCAUUAGCAAGUUAUCUGGAUAAAAGUAAUACCAUCCAGAAUAAAUCUUUGACUAAGACGUUGUCAGAUUUUGAAUUACAAGAGAUUGAACAAGAAUGGUAUGAGAAUGUCCAAAUUGUUUCUGAUCGAUUACAUCUUUUAAAAGAAGUAUUCAAAGCAGUACAAUUGAUCAAGAAGAGGAAAAUAUCAGGUAAAUUCGAUAUCGGUGGAGCAUUGACCAUUGAUAAUAAUUCAUCAAAUGAUCCCACUUCAAAUAAUACCCCAAUGAUUACCACUCCUUUUGGACUGGAUGAUGACGAAGUACAACAUUUAGGUCAUCUGCUGCAACAAGAAGAAGAUGAUAGUAGUAGUAACAGCAAUACCGACUCUCCUGUGCCCUUAGGUAAGAGAGUCCCUAAGAAAACAGUACAAUUCAGAGUAUAA